CGUCAUCCGUUAGUGACGUUGAAACCAUAGAGCUGUGCACUGCUCUCCGGGCCGUUCCUGUAAGACGACAUUUGAAAAACAACCAAACGCUGUGCAAGAAUCCCUCACAGGACAGGUCGUAAUCAUGGCAGAAGGAGACAACAAAAGCUCAAACAUGCUCGCGCAGGAAACGGCCCAGUUGGAGGAGCAGCUUCAGGGCUGGGGGGAGGUGAUCCUGGCCGGGGAUCAGGUGGUGCGCUGGGAGAAGCCCUGGUUCCCUGGUGCCCUGAUCGGAGCUACCACUCUGGUCUUCAUGCUCAUUUACUAUUUGGAUCCCUCCGUGCUGACGGGGCUCUCCGGCUCGGUCAUGUUGCUGUGCCUGGCUGACUACCUGGUGCCCACCCUGGCCCCCCGCAUCUUUGGCUCACACAAAUGGACCACGGAGCAGCAGCAGCGUUUCCACGAGAUCUGCGGCAACCUGGUGAAGACCCAGCGGCGCGUGCUGGGCUGGUGGAAGCGCCUGUUCACCCUGAAGGAGGAGAAGCCCAAAGCGUACUUUGCCCUGGUGAUCAGCAGCCUGCUGGCCAUGGCCUUCAUCGGACAGCAGGUGCACAACCUCUUCCUCACCUACCUGAUCGUGAGCUUCCUGCUGCUUCUGCCCGGGAUGAACCAGCACGGAGUCAUCACCAAGUACACGGCCAUGGCCAAGAGGGAGAUCAACAAGCUGCUCAAGCAGAAGGAGAAGAAGACGGAGUGAGGGCCGCGGCCCGAGGCCUCUGGAAGGAUGGAACUGUUGCGCAAGAAAGAACGGAUGAUAAGGUUUUAAGUUUAUUGAAGGCCAGAUGAGGAACAAGGAAGUUGUGGUGGUCGAUUUUUUUUUUUUUGUUAAAAAAAAAAAAAAGGUUUCCUCUUCUACCGCAGAACGAGUCGACGUCUUCUCGUGAGCCGUUUGUUUGGCUCAUCCCUCCCUCGUACACAAACGGCGUUUGUUUUGAGUUGCGUUCCCGCCAGGUUACACGAUGUAGUCCCGGUGUGGGGGUCUUUGGUUUCAGCACUGUCACUCACUAGGGUUUGGUGGGAUCCCCCCCCCCACGUUUCUUCAUGUUAAUGUUUUGGGUUGGUUUUAUUUAUUCAAGGCUAAGGUAAUGCUUUUUAAGCCAUUCUCUUUAUUCGGGCAAAAGUGACGCCUCACUUGGGUAUUAUAGCAUUUCUUGGAUUUUACGAUGAUGGCUAAUUCAGGCACACUAGGGUGAGUUAGCCACACUAGUUUAUCGUGUGCUUUGUUCAACUUUUUCUUAAUAAAACUGCAGCACUAGAGAACAAAAUAACUGGAGUCAGAUGGACACUCAUCUGCUGUGGCAGCAACUGGUAGCUUUGUAUUAUAUAUAUAUAUUUUUUUUGUCUACUCGAGCCUGCUGCUGUACUGCUGAUAGCCGACUGUGGAGGUUCGAUUAGCGCUUAGCUGUACACGCCCCUCACACGCUCUUCUUAAUAAACUCAAAUCUGGGGUGGCUGUAACUAUGUAAAUAGGCCGAUUCCUGAACCCGGCCCUCGGAUCGCUUUCUCCCAGUCGCUCUGUUGGGCUUUUCUUCCAUUUUUUUUUUUUGUGCUGUCCUCGUGUGUUAUUUUUGGUCCAAUUCUGUUUUGUCCGUCAUUUCACCUUUUUAUGUGUCUUUAUCAAAGAUCUUUAAUGAAUAAAGUCUGCUUUAAAUUAACUUUAA